AUGAGCAGUCAAUUGAUAGGAAACACCAACAGCAAUGGCUGGGUAGUGCAGAAAUUCGGCGGCACCAGCGUCGGAAAGUUCCCAGACAAGAUUGCUACGGAUAUCGUCCGUGCGAGCCUCUCCAAGAACAAGGUCGUCGUCGUCUGCUCGGCAAGAAGCACGGGCAAGAAGGUCGAGGGCACCACCAGUCGCCUACUUGGCGUGUAUAACAAGCUCAAAGGCAUUGCGGCUGCCACGAACGCCGAGGAUGUGCAGAAUGAUCUUAUGAACGAGGCUAAGGGUCUGAUCGACGACAUCACGAAGGAUCAUGUGUCGGCAGUGAAGACCUUCAUCAAAAACCCUGAGUUGCAGGCGUCCCUGGAGCAAGAGAUUCGGGAUGAAUGUCAAGAACUAGUCGAGUACAUCGUGGCUGCGAGGCGGUUCAACCUCGAAGUCAAUGCGAGAUCCAAGGACCGCUGCAUCAGCUUUGGCGAGAAGCUCAGUUGCAGAUUCAUGUCUGCGCUGCUGAAGGACUUGGGUGUCGCCUCAGAAUAUGUGGAUCUCAGUGAUGCGUUCCACUACGAUGCCACAUCUCGUCUAGACCAAAGCUUUUACCAGGAAGCCGCCACUAUGCUGAGGAAAAAGAUCACGGCAUGCGAGGAUAGAGUCCCCGUGGUCACUGGAUUCUUCGGCAAUGUUCCCGGAAGUCUGAUCGACGGUGACAUUGGACGUGGCUACACUGAUCUCUGCGCGGCGUUGUGCGCCGUCGGUCUCGACGCUGAUGAGCUGCAGGUAUGGAAGGAGGUUGAUGGAAUCUUCACUGCGGAUCCCACGAAGGUGCCGACGGCACGGCUACUGCAUUCCAUCACUCCUUCCGAGGCGGCUGAGUUGACGUUCUACGGCUCCGAGGUCAUCCACCAUCUCACCAUGGACCAGGUCAUUCACGCCUCGCCCCCUAUUCCCAUCCGUAUCAAGAACGUCAAGAACCCGAGAGGAGUCGGCACCAUCGUCGUCCCCGACCCAGUCCUCACUGCCGGUCAUCAGAUUCAGCGCUCAGUACCCUCGGAUCCUAACCUGCGCCAAAAGCCAAAGAGGCCAACCGCCGUUACCAUCAAGGAUAAGAUCUCCGUUAUCAACGUUCACUCCAACAAGCGUUCCAUAUCUCAUGGGUUCUUUGCCAGAGUGUUCUCCAUCCUUGACAAGAACCAGAUCUCGGUCGAUCUCAUUUCCACCAGUGAGGUCCACGUUUCUAUGGCCAUCCACGCCGGCAACUCGGAGGGCGGCAGCUUCGACAGGGCACGAAAGGAACUGGAAGACUGCGGCGACGUCAGUGUUCUCCACAAUAUGGCCAUUCUGAGCCUUGUCGGCGCCGAAAUGAAGAACAUGAUUGGUAUCGCCGGACGUAUGUUCUCCACUCUGGGAGAGCAUAACGUCAACUUGGAGAUGAUCUCUCAGGGUGCUAGCGAGAUAAACAUCUCUUGCGUCAUUGAAGCCCGGGACGCCACCCGCGCCAUGAACAUCCUGCACACAAAUCUGUUUACUUUCCUCGACUAG